GUUGUUUGAGACAUUUGAAAGCUGGGCAAACUCUUGCGCUGUCAUCGCUAGCCGGUUAGUUCAUUGAAUUGGAAAGCUGGGGCACCAUGGAACUCAAUGAAGGGAAUCUCGGCACCCUGACUGAUUUCCUGAGAAAGACGCUGGACCCAGAUCCUGCUGUCAGGCGGCCAGCUGAGAAGUUUUUGGAAUCCGUGGAGGGAAACCAGAACUAUCCCAUACUUCUACUCACAUUGCUGGAAAAGUCCCAGGACAAUGUCAUCCGUGUGUGUUCAGCGGUCACAUUCAAAAAUUACAUAAAGAGGAAUUGGCGGAUAAUCGAAGAUGAACCUAACAAAAUAUCUGAAUCCGACCGGACAGCCAUUAAAGCAAACAUCGUAACUUUGAUGCUCAGUAGUCCUGAGCAGAUUCAGAAACAGCUGAGUGAUGCCAUCAGCAUAAUCGGCAGAGAGGACUUUCCUCAGAAAUGGCCAGACCUGCUGACUGAGAUGGUGAACCGCUUCCAGAGCGGAGACUUCCACAUCAUCAACGGCAUUCUCCGAACCGCACACUCACUUUUCAAGAGAUAUCGCCAUGAAUUUAAGUCCAAUGAGCUCUGGACCGAGAUCAAACUCGUACUGGACACGUUUGCACAGCCGUUGACAGAGCUUUUCAAGGCUACAAUUGAACUUUGUCAGACUCACGCCACAGACGUCAACGCCCUGAAGGUCCUCUUCUCCUCCCUCACCCUAAUCUCCAAACUUUUCUACAGUCUCAAUUUCCAGGAUCUGCCGGAGUUCUUUGAAGACAACAUGGAGACGUGGAUGUCUAAUUUCCAUAACCUGCUGACUUUGGAUAACAAGCUUCUUCAGACAGAUGAUGAGGAGGAAGCUGGCCUCCUGGAGCUCCUGAAGUCUCAGAUCUGUGACAACGCUGCUCUCUACGCCCAGAAGUACGACGAGGAGUUCCAGCCUUACCUGCCCCGCUUCGUCACGGCCAUCUGGAACCUUCUGGUCACCACAGGACAGGAGGUCAAGUACGAUCUGCUUGUGAGCAAUGCCAUUCAGUUCCUGGCGUCAGUGUGCGAGCGGCCGCACUACAAGCAUCUGUUUGAAGAUCAGAACACACUCACGAGCAUCUGUGAGAAGGUCAUCCUCCCUAACAUGGAGUUCAGAAGUGCUGAUGAAGAGACCUUUGAAGAUAACUCUGAGGAAUACAUCAGACGAGACCUCGAGGGCUCAGACAUCGACACGAGGCGAAGGGCGGCGUGUGACCUGGUGCGGGGCCUGUGUAAGUUCUUCGAGGGCCCCGUGACGGCCAUCUUCUCUGGCUACGUGAACACCAUGCUGUCAGAACACGCCAAGAACCCCGGCGCCAACUGGAAACACAAGGACGCCGCCAUCUACCUGGUCACCUCACUGGCCUCCAAGGCCCAGACACAGAAGCACGGAAUUACACAAGCCAAUGAGUUGGUGAACCUGACCGAGUUCUUCUGCAACCACAUUCUUCCGGACCUGAAAUCUGCAAAUGUGAAUGAAUUCCCUGUGCUAAAAGCUGACGCCAUCAAGUAUGUUAUGAUCUUCAGAAGUCAGCUCCCCAAGGAGCAGCUGCUGCAGGCCAUCCCCCUCCUGGUGGCCCACCUGCAGGCAGAGAGCGUGGUGGAGCACACCUACGCAGCACACGCCCUGGAGAGGCUCUUCACCAUGAGGGGGCCCAACAACUCAACACUCAUCUCCCCUGCAGAAAUGUCUCCCUUCACGGAACAGCUGCUCAGCAACCUCUUCAAAGCCCUCAGCAUUCCCGGCUCAUCGGAGAACGAGUACAUCAUGAAGGCAAUCAUGCGCAGCUUCUCCUUGCUGCAGGAAGCCAUUGUUCCUUACGUCCCCACUCUGAUUGGACAACUCACACACAAGCUCCUUCUCGUCAGCAAGAAUCCCAGCAAGCCCCACUUCAACCACUACCUGUUUGAGUCCCUCUGCCUGUCCAUCAGGAUCACCUGCAAGGCCAACCCCACCACCGUCAGCAGCUUUGAGGAAGCCCUCUUCCCCGUCUUCACUGAGAUACUGCAGAGUGACGUACAAGAGUUUGUGCCAUACGUGUUCCAGGUGAUGUCUCUGCUGCUGGAGAUCCACACCAGCUCCAUCCCCUCCUCCUACAUGGCCCUGUUUCCCCACCUGCUGCAGCCCACGCUGUGGGAGCGCACCGGCAACAUCCCGCCUCUGGUGCGCCUGCUGCAGGCCUACCUGGAGAAGGGAGGCGCCAGCAUCGCCAGCAACGCCGCCGACAAGAUCCCGGGGCUGCUGGGAGUGUUCCAGAAGCUGAUUGCCUCCAAGGCCAAUGACCACCAAGGCUUCUACCUGCUCAACAGCAUCAUUGAGCACAUGCCACCGGACUCCAUCACUCAGUACAGGAAGCAGAUCUUCAUCCUGCUCUUCCAGAGGCUGCAGAGCUCCAAAACCACCAAGUACAUCAAGAGCUUCUUGGUCUUCAUCAACCUUUACUGUGUCAAGUACGGAGCCAUCGCCUUGCAGGAGAUAUUUGAUUCCAUACAGCCAAAAAUGUUUGGUAUGGUCGUGGAGAAAAUUGUCGUUCCAGAGGUGCAGAAGGUGUCUGGACCGGUGGAGAAGAAGAUCUGUGCUGUGGGCAUCACGAAAAUCCUAACAGAGUGCCCGUCCAUGAUGGACACAGACUACACCAAACUCUGGACGCCGCUGCUGCAGGCUCUGAUUGGCCUGUUUGAGCUGCCGGAGGACGACAGUGUGCCGGACGACGAGCACUUCAUCGACAUCGAGGACACGCCGGGCUACCAGACGGCCUUCUCCCAGCUGGCCUUCGCUGGCAAGAAGGAGCACGACCCCAUCGGAGAGGCCGUCAGCAACCCCAAGAUCCUGCUGGCACAGUCCCUGCACAAGCUCUCCACCGCCUGCCCCGGACGAGUUCCCUCAAUGAUCAGCUCCAACCUCGAUGCCUCGGCUCUCCAGUACCUGCAGAGCUACCUCCAGGCGGCCAACGUGCAGCUGGUGUGAGGAGCGGGGCACUGCUGAGUGGACCUCCUUACCCCACAGAAGAGAAGAAGAGCAGGGGCCCCACAUGAGGAGCUCAGCUGUAGCUGUGAAGUGAAACUCUUGUCUCCAGUGGCGCCCACUGCUGGAGAGACAGACGUACACAAGGACCUGGACUUAAACCCCCCCCAACGAACACAUAGCUCUGGAUUUUUCUAUUUUUGUUUUUCUUUUGCUUUGUUUUUCUUGACAUUUCACUGAAGAAGAGACAUAAGUGGGAAGCUGACUCCUCAACGGCUCUUUUGCGGGUUUAGGGAUGUUUUUUACGAAAGAAAAAAGGAUGAAAUGGAAGGUGAAGGAGCAUAAAUGGACGACCAAUGAUCAGGAGCGAGACGCCUUACAUGAUUGCAGUGUUUUUUUGUUUUUGUUUGUCCUCUACUGUCCUGGGGGUCAAUCAGCUUUUUUGCUGCUUUGCCCCGGCAGGUGGAAGCAGGACCACGUGACUAACAUGGAACGCACUUGUGGCGUGUGCAAGCGUUAAUCUGGUUUGUCUCGCUGCUGUUUUUUUUUUUACAUCCCUUAUUCUGUAUUCCAUCAUUCAUUAGGUAAAAAGGAAUCACGCCUCUGCUCCUUUGAAAAAAGACUGAUAUAACAGACUCUUUCAUUCAUGACGUUGACAUAUUGACGGACCCUACUUUGCUGUGGGUUUGUGAUGUUUCGAUCAGAGAUCUUAACAAUCAUUUGGGAAGCAUUUAUUAUUAUCAUUUUUCUCCUCCCUCUGUCGUUAAGACUGCUUUUACUGCAUUGGAGAGGACUUGACCUUUCUCAAAGCGCUAAAACUGAAAAUGUCCUUUGUUUGUUCAUUUCUUUUUUCUGUCGCAUGUUUUGUCCCCUUUUUUUGUCUAUAAUGUCUGCUCUUAGUUUCCAUCGCUGUUGUUUCUUUUAAAAAAAAAGGUAAUAAAGAGAAGCACUUGUAAUA